UCAGAGCUUUUGUGAAUGCUGAGCCCCAGUGUUUCCUCUCUGCAUUUCUGCAUCAUGCCCUCCAAGCUGCAGAGAAUUUUACCAGCACUGUGGCUCCUCGGGGUCCUGUCUUUAAUGUGGUGUCCAUCUGUCCUGUGUGGUUGCCCUUCGCCUCCUAACAUUGAGCAUGGACAUCAUAAACGAGUCAAUGCCUACAAUAUUUUCAAAUAUGAGGUUGCAUAUGAAUGUGAAGAAGGAUUCAUUUUGGUCGGGCAAGCAAAACUCAGCUGUAGUUCUUCACACUGGUCACCUGAAGCUCCCCGAUGUAAAGCUCUGUGUCUGAAACCAAAGAUAGAAAAUGGAAAGCUGUCUGUGAAUAAGCCUAAGUACACUGAAUCUGAAAAUGUCACCGUCUUUUGUGACUCUGGCUUUGGAAUGGUGGGUUCCCAAAACAUCACUUGCUCUGGACGUGGAGACUGGUAUCCACACGUGCCCAAGUGUGACUGGGAGGUCCCCAAAGGCUGUGAGCAAGUGGUCGCAGGCAGAAAGCUCAUGCAGUGCCUGCCGAGCCUGGAGGAUGUGAAAAUGGCCCUGGAGGUGUAUAAGCUGUCCCUGGAGAAUGAACUACUGGAACUACAGAGAGACAAGCCCAGACAGCCCACGCUGGAGUAAUCACUGCAACUUUUCCCGAAGAGAAAAGAAAAUGUAUGUGGGUGGCUUGCUGCCCUCAGUGCAGGUGGAUCGCUUAACAUGAGCAACUCUACAAUCUCGUUGGCGCUGAUAGUCAUGACAGUAAAUAUUCAUAUCUAAAAAUUAUUUUGUCUUUUAUUAUAUUAAAACAUAAUAAAAGGA